CAUAACUGUGUAGGUGUUUACAUGCGCGUAGUACCCACACAGCCUCGCUUGAAUGAGGUUGUCGCGAGUGAUAACGCCGCGCAGUAAAUAAAUCGUGUAUUAAUAUUUUAAGGAAAUGUGAACAUAUCUCGCAGCGAAAUGCCGCUGCCAGAACUUUUGAAACGGGCCUCGAGCUACUUUCUCGGUUUGGAGUUCGAUGAUAACGAGGAACCCCCGGAUUACGUCGACAACGAAAUAUUGUUUUGCAAGAAUAAUGUGUGCGUGCAUCCGCCGACCGUAGCCAGGCAUGAGCUGGACAUCGUACACCACCCAGGGUACCUCACAGUCACCACCAAAGUAUUUACUGAUCAACACAAUAACGCCAAACGACCCACGCUCUUCCUCAACUGGAUUCCUAAUUCUACAUUGCGGAAAUGUCCUUCGGCUGUAGAAACCAGUCCGAACGAUGAGUUGGUGUGUUCAGGUAAACCGGCGAAUCCAAAGGAAAUACCUAAAUCACGCAGUAACAGAAACAGCAUUAAGUUGGAUGCUAACAACGAACACGCAUUCUCUGACUCUUCAGAGACUACAAGUUUGAAUUCUAACUCUGAUAAACAAAGCAUAAAGUCGUCUGAUACGAGGUUCACUCCUAAUGAUACGACUCAGGAGGAAUUAUCCUCAAGUUCUAAGCCUACAGUGAAGUCUAUAGAUUCCGUAAAGGAUAAUGUUUUCAAUAGCUUUGAGAAGGACGAGUCCAGGGAUGAGGUGUUUGUUUACGACAAACACGUGAGAUCACAGUCAAUGACGUCUGUUAACAUCACAAUAGCUAAUCCAACAAUAGAGAACGUAGAUUUGACCCCUGACUCCGUGUCGGGGGACAGGUUUAUUAGGUCACUGUCAAUGAGUUCGUGUGACGAGGGUAACCCUAAUUGGAUGAGUACUCCGGAGUUUUUAGCUCUAAAACAUAACUUGGUGUUUCCUGAUAGUGUCCAUAGUUCACCGGUGCCGCAACGACGAGCUCCUUUGAAAUGUCGAAGAUUCUCAGUGGACCUGAGUCAGAUGCGGUCGUUGCGUUUAUUCUUCAACGACGACAACUGCACAUGCGGACAGCUGGUGGUAGCCUCCAGGGAAUCCCAGUACAAAAUCUUACAUUUCCAUCAUGGAGGUCUGGAUCAUUUGGCACAAGUGCUUCAUCGAUGGCAUUCGCUACUUCAUAAUAUCAAACUUACUCCAGGUAAUGUUUCCACAGGUUCUGAGGAGCCAAACUUGCCGUACCGUCAUUUUAUGGUAUGCCGUCCAGAAGUGCAGAAGUCGGAACAACAUCCCGAAGAAGGCAAACUUCCCAAAAUAUCUCCCGAACUCUUUUACGGAAAGAUUAUGAACGCAAAGGGUGUCAUCGAAGACGAUCUCUUUUUGAGGAAAUGCGUCUUCUUCGGAGGACUGGACAAGGAACUUAGGAGGGAAGUGUGGCCUUUCCUAUUACAUUGCUACCCAUACAACUCUACGUAUGACGAAAGGGAGAUAAUACUGCAGAUAAGAUCGAGGGAAUACGAUGAAAUUACGACCAGAAGACUGGAAAAGAUGACUCCUGAGCAACACGCGGUCUUUUGGAAGACAGUGCAAUGUGUAAUAGAGAAAGAUGUGGUCAGAACGGAUAGAGGAAACCCAUUUUUUGCGGGAGAAAAUAAUUACAAUGUUGAAAUAAUGAAGAAUAUAUUGUUGAACUAUGCAGUAUACAAUCCUGUUUUAGGUUACACCCAAGGAAUGAGUGACUUGUUAGCUCCAGUGUUAUGUGAGAUCAAAUGCGAAGCCGAAGCAUUCUGGUGUUUCGUGGGGCUGAUGCAGCGAGCCAUAUUUGUGUGCACACCGACCGACAAUGAUAUGGAUAACAAUCUUGUAAGAUACAACAACUGUUUAAUGUCGAAUAAUAGUUACCUGCGUGAAUUAAUAAGGAUAAUGUUGCCACAUUUCUACAAGCAUUUGGAGAAACAUGUUGACGCAAUGGAAUUACUGUUUUGUCAUCGUUGGAUAUUGUUGUGUUUCAAACGCGAGUUCACUGAAGCAGUAGCGCUCCGUAUGUGGGAAGCGUGUUGGGCCAACUAUCAGACGGACUACUUCCAUCUUUUCCUUUGCCUGGCCAUCAUUGCAGUGUAUGCUGAUGACGUCAUCGCACAGGAUCUUAACACUGACGAGAUGCUGCUGCAUUUUAGUUCUUUAGCUAUGUAUAUGGAUGGACGUCUCAUCUUGCGGAAGGCUAGAGGUCUACUCUACCAGUUCCGUCAACUAGUCAGGAUCCCAUGUACCUUGGUGGGCAUGUGUCAACGAUGUGGUCCAGGGAUAUGGGACUCCACCCACAGACCAAGCGUUGAAUGUACUGGAGCCCAUGACUUCUGUAAAUACGCUGUGCAGUAAGAUCUCGAA